AAUGUCCACCUGUGUAGGCAGAUAAGGCUUCCAUUGAAACAGCCCAUUUAAAGGACUGCACCUCUGAUGCUUCUCCAGAACGUCUGUCCCCAUUGUAUUCACAUGGACUUUCAACCUGCAUCCUGAACUAAAGGAGCCCUCGCAAUGUUCCUGUUUAUGAAAGAGAUUUUCCAACGAAGUGCCUCGGGUGAGCCAUCAGCGACACUUGAUCUUUGGGGAGAUCUUUACAAGAGGCUAAAUGUCCACGGGGAUGGUCGUAUAGAUGCUAAAGAAUUAAUGCUUGAAUUGGAAAAAAUUUCAAAGGACGGUUUGGAAGGUAGAGACUUUGAAGCAUUCCGGAUAUUCCUAAUGAAGCACAACAUGAAACUAAUGCUCGGCUUUGGAAAAGUUUCAAAGAACAGAAGUGGCAAUAUAAGCAGGUGGAGGAUUAUGCAUCUCAUGGGAAGGCUGCAUGUCAGUCUUAAUCUUUAUCAUGCAAAGAAAAUUCUUCAACACUUGGACGAGAAUGAUUAUAUGGACAUGGACUGGAAUGAGUGGCGGAAGAACUACAUAAUGAGAGUGGAGGAUAACAUGCGAACUAUGAUUGACAUCUGGCGAUUCAACAGUAUCUUUUCUAUCAAUGAUGACAUAACCAAUUGUGAGGAAUUCUUGGAGAACGAGGAACCAGAGAAGUGGUGGGGCCAUCUGAUUGCAGGAGGCACAGCUGGUGGUGUCUCACGAACAGUGACUGCUCCAUUUGACCGACUAAGGGUGCUGAUGCAGGUUUAUUCUUCGCGAGAUAAUAAAUUGAAGAUUUCUGGUGGCAUCAAAUCAAUGAUUGUGGAGGGAGGUGUAAGUUCAAUGUGGAGAGGGAAUCUAACUAAUAUUCUCAAAAUUGGGCCUGAGCUGGCAUUCAAAUUCAUGGCCUAUGAGGAGCUGAAGACUGUAAUAGCAGUUGAACCAGAACAUUUGGGAAUUAAAGAGAGAUUUCUUGCAGGGUCAAUGGCUGGUGCAUUCUCUCAAACAGCCACUUACCCAGUUGAGAUGCUGAAAACAAGAAUGAUGUUGCGGAAAACAGGGGAACCUCGAGAACUCUACAGCCAUGUCAGCAAUAUAUUCAAGUAUGAAGGAGUUUCCACCUUCUACAGGGGCUAUGUCCCAAAUAUCCUAGGAAUCAUCCCCUAUGCUGGUAUUGACUUGGCUGUGUAUGAGACCCUGAAGAACUUGUGGGUACAGAGAUACACAACGGAGAACGAGAGGCCCAACAUGUUGCUGGUGGUGGGCAGUGCCACCACUUCGAAUAUAUUUGGCCAAUUGGCCAGUUACCCACUGAUGCUAAUGCACACUCGCAUGCAGGCAGAAGUCAUCGCAAAGGGAAUGAGAAGGCCAAGGAUGAGGGAAUACUUCUGGAAUAUUUUGGCUAAGGAUGGCUUUCUCGGGUUCUACUGUGGAUUUACCGCAAACUUGCUCAAAGCCAUUCCAUCCGUCUGCAUCAGCUACGUACUGUAUGAAUACCUGAAGACACAUAUAGGCCUCUCCUCCCAUUAAGAACUGCCAGCCAACACCUCAAAAUGAGCAUAGUGGUAUUUUUCAGUUGGAUUUUGCAGGAGCAUGGU